CCUCUCAGUCUCUGGGCACCUCCAUGUUGAGUUUCGGCGUCUUCCUUCGUUUCCCAGAAACCCGCCUUCAACCUCCCUGCAUUGACCUUGCCGUUCUUCUCUUUACCUUGACAAGUCAGUCGAUCUUCCUUCACUGAACCCUCCCAACUAGGCAUUUUUUAGAGAAGCGUGGUUCUCUCCUGUGGGUGAAUACAGCUGAGAGGAUCAGCCCUCUCAUGGAAUUCGGCGGGAGUCAGGCUCUAAUCACCAUCCUUGCUUUGAUUGUAGGAGGACUGGUUUGGAGACAAUUGACGAAAUGGAAGAGGAGGGACUCGGAAUCAACCUCAAGAACGGACCAUGGGCCUGGAAAAGAGAACCGGGCGUCAAGGAGGGACUCAGAGUCAACCUCGAGAGCCGAUGAUGCAUCUCGCGAAGAGUACGAUGUGUUCCUAAGUUUCCGGGGACCGGAUACACGCAAUGGAUUCACCAGUUGUCUUUACCAUCGCUUGAGAGAUGUGGGAAUCCGCGUUUUCUUUGACAACGAAGAACUCCGAGUCGGUAAAGAAAUUCGUGGAGAGCUUCUGAAUGCGCUUGACAAGUCUCGAAUUUACAUGCCUAUCUUCUCUACGGGUUAUGCUGAUAGUUCGUGGUGUCUCUGUGAGGUUGCGCACAUGGUGGAAUGCACCUCACCAUCAGGUGAGAAGAAAGAGAUACUUCCCAUCUUCUACGACGUGGAUUCUGACGAUGUCAAGCUCAAAACCAAGUUAUAUAGAAAAGCCAUGCCCAAGCACGAGAAGAAGUUUGGCUCCGAGGAAUUGAAGCGCUGGGAAAAUGCCCUUGUUGAGGUUGCACGUAUAAAGGGAUGGGAUCUCAAAGGCAAAGGCCAAGGAGAACAAAUCGAAUUGAUUGUUGAAGAGGUUUCCCAUAAACUUAAGACAAGACAAAUAAUUGUGACUGAACAUUUGGUUGAAGAUACUGAUCAGAUCGAAGCCAUAAUGAAGUUGUUAGAUGUUGGGUCUGGUGGCGUACGUUUUGUCGGUAUCCAUGGUAUGGGUGGUGUUGGAAAAACAACUCUUGCCAAAGUAAUGUUCAACAAACUAUCUCUUCACUUUGAGCGUUGUAGUUUUCUUGCAGAUGUUCGAACAUCAUCACAACCUCAUGAUGGACUUAUAGAAUUGCAGAAAAAGCUCUUAUCAGAUUUGGCCGGCCAUGGGAUUGCUAACCAAAUUAAAGAUGUUGAUGGUGGGAUCAAGAUGAUAAAAAAAGCAUUGAGUAACAAAGAAGUACUCAUUAUUCUUGAUGAUCUAGACAAGAAAGAGCAACUCGAAAAACUCGCAGCCGGAAAAUCUGAUUGGUUUUGUUCUGGUAGCAGAAUCAUUAUCACAACUAGGGAUGAAAGCAUCCUGAUGACUCAAGUGAGCUUAUCCAGUAAAGUUGUCCUAAACCAACCUGAAGGAAUUUUGCGUUAUGAAGUUCGUGGAAUGAGAUUUGAUUUAGCACUUCAUCUGUUUUAUAAGCAUGCAUUCAGAAGUGACUCUGCUGCAGAAGGAUAUGAUGCUCUUUCAAGAGAAAUUGUUCGUACAGUGGGCAUGCUUCCUUUGGCUGUCGUGGUGAUAGGGUCCAACCUUUUCGACUGGGGAAAAGAUUUGGGGCAUUUGGAUAAAAGAGAAGUAUGGGACGAAACGCUGAGAAAGUUAAAAGACGGUCCUUUUGAGGAUGUCCGAGAUACGUUAAUGAUAAGUUAUGAACGAUUAGAGGAUAAGCACCAAGAGGUAUUUUUGGAUAUAGCCUGUUUUUUCAUCAAUACCGACAAAACAUAUCCGGUUAUCAUGUGGAAGGAUUGUGGGUACUUUCCCAGCAUUGCAAUGAGGGUUCUCUCUCAAAGGUCCUUGAUCAAGAUUAGAGAUGACAAUGGGUUUUGGAUGCAUGACCAAGUUAGAGAUUUUGGAAGGUACAUUGUUCUUCGAGUAUAUCCUUGCAAGUUUUGUAGGGUGUGGAUUUGUGAGGAUGCCCUGAAACUGCUGGAGGGAAGAAAGAGAAAUGAAGAUGUGGUAGCACUAAGCCUGACUUCCGAUGACUGCAGCCAUGGCAUUGCAGCUGAAGAACUAGCUGCUCUACCAAAUCUAAGGUUCCUUCAAGUGAAAGGCAUUGAUAUGCUUGGCAACUUCGGCAAUCUUCUUUCGGAGUUAAGAUGGCUUUCUUGGGAAAUUAAGCAAAAUGAAUUUUACGUGGAGAGUUUUUAUUUUGCUAAUUUGGUUGUGCUAAACCUUUCAAGGAGCAAUAUCGAAGAUGACUGGGGUGGGUGGAGCCAAAUCCAGAUGACAAAAAAAUUAAAAGUUCUGGAUUUAACAGAUUGCCCAAAGUUGAGGAGGACACCUAACUUCUCUAAUUUCACAUCUUUGGAGACGUUAACACUUACUCGGUGUUCCAACUUAAUCACUAUUCACCCCUCCAUUUCUAAACUUCAACUCCUAGAGACUUUGAAUAUCAAAGGGUGUAGUUCUCUUGGGGAGUUGCCUGAAGAAGUCGGUUCCCUACCAUCAUUAAAGCAGAUCGUCAUGCCCCAAAAUUUUCGACUCUCAAAGCUUCCAGAGAGAAUUGGGAAUUUGAAAUCUUUGUCGAGUUUUAAAUUAAACGAGCAUCCUAAAAUCCGCCAACUCCCGGACUCAUUUGGAGGGAUGGCGAGUCUUACAUGCUUAGCUUUACGCGGGUGCGUAGGGAUAAAGGAACUUCCAAGCUCAAUUGGGGAGCUAAAAACGUUGAUAGAGUUGGAUGUAUCAGCGACAGGCUUAGUUCAACUACCUGAUUCUAUCGGAAACUUAAAGAAACUAAGGGUGUUGAUUUUACGUGGAACUAAGAUAAAGGAGUUUCCUCGUACAAUUGGAGGACUGGAGAUGCUUGAAGGUUUAUAUGCCCAGCGAUCUUGGGAUCCGACGGAUAAAAACUUGGAGGAAAUUGGGAAGCUAAUCCAUUUGAAGACAUUGAACUUAGCAUUUACUAGUGUUUCUAGAUUGCCUCCGCAGAUAAGUCGUCUCCAUCUCCAAAAGUUUGAAGUGGGUUCGAUUGAGCUUCAACAAGUGCCGGCUCUUCCAUCAAGUUUGAAAUUCCUGGCGGUUCAAGCUCCGGACUUCUCUCUUGUCCCUCACCCCUCAAGCAUCACCGAUUUAGAACAUCUGGAAUUACAAAGAUUCAGCAAUUCGACAAAUAUACCUCGCUCCGCUUGGCGGGACUAUCAGUCCAAACUUGAAGCAACUUCGAUGAGAGAGCAACCGUCCUAUCAGCUUCCAUCUCAUUUGUCGACCUUGAAACUCAGGGGUAUUAGUCCUUUGCCACAAUUUUCCAACUUGUUAAAUUUGACAGUUCUACAUGUAAUUGACUGUGCAAUAUCACACUUACCUGUCAAUCCAGGCCUAACACAUCCGAGGGAACUGUUCAUACGUAGAUGUCAAUCCCUUGAGAAAAUACCUGGUUUAUCACUCUUAAGGUGUCUAGAGCGCUUGGAACCGAAGGGCUUGAAUAAGCUAGUUGAGAUUCAAGGUUUAUCGGAACUGGAAUCUUUGCAGUACCUCCUUCUUUCCAAUUGUGGUUUAAUAGGACAAUUACCCAACUUGGCUAAGUUGGGUAAGCUACAACAUCUAGAGCUAGAAGCGUGUCCAAAUUUAAGAGCCAUUGAGGGCAUCGAGGGCUUAGAAAGCUGGGUGUUGGAUAGUCGUGGCCGCACUAUCCUAGAAAGAUUAUUGGAUGUCUCGAGAUCGAUUUGGCUUUCCCGCAGAUUACCAAUGUACGAUGUGUUCCUAUGUUCUACGGGACUAGACAUUCGUCUCGGCAUUGUCAAUUUCCUUCACUAUUGGAUGUUACAAGAUCGAGUUUCUGUUUAUAGUGAUCGGGAUGAUUUGAGGUCCAACGAAGGGAUUGGGGAAGAGAUUCUACAGGCACUUGGUAACUCCAAUAUUUACAUACCCAUUUUUUCUAGAAACUAUGCUUCUAGUCAUUGUUGUCUCCGCGAGCUUGCCCACAUGGUAAAAUGCAUGUCAGAAUCAAAGGGGAAAAGAAGAAUCCUCCCCAUGUUCUACGAUGUGGAGAUUGAUGACGUUAAGCUCAAAACUGAUUUAUAUAAAAGCGACCUGGACAAGCACCGGACGAACUUCGACAACAACGAAGUGAAGUCAUGGGAAGAGGCCCUAAUUCAGGUUGCAGCAAUGAAGGGUUUCGUCUUGGAAAAUACCAGCUAUGAAGAAGUCCUUCAAUCCAUUAUUGCAGAGGUUUUCAGAGCAAGGAAAUUGUUAAACGCUGACUCCUGAAGCCUUCUUUUGGUUAAUGUAAGGAAAUUUUCCCCAACUGCAUUCUGUUCCUAUGUCAUUCUUGCCACUUUGGCUUAAGAGAUAUUGUUGUUAGGUUUAUCCCACAUCGGUUGUGCGAGGAGUUGGUAGUCAGUUUAUAAGUAUGAGGGAAAAUCUUAUCCUUUCAG